CAGCUUUCUGUCUCCUGCAGCGGCCCUGGAGCUCCGUGCUGAGCCCUCAGCUGCCCCGCCCCACAACUUUUACUUUGAAAACAGACCGGAAGUUCUGUGUAAAGUGAGGUGGUGAGGCUCCGGCUGCUCUUCCCUUCUGUCAGCCUCGGUGUUGCUCUGAGCUCCAGGCCUGCUCUCUGCGGCGGGGACAUGGUGUUGCGGUACCUGCUGUCGGCGCUCCUGAGCCGGGCCCAGCUGGUGGAGCGGCUGGCGGAGUCGCGGCCGCUGCGCGGCGCGGCGCGGCUCACCGCGCAGGCCGUGCUGAGGGCGCAGCUGGCCGGCAAGGCCGCGGCGGGCCGGGCGCUGCGCUCCAAGACGCUCCGGCAGAUCCGCCAGGAGGCCGCGGAGCUCCCGGAGGGGCUGGGCGAGCUGAGCCGCAAGGCCCGCCGGGUCCGGGACAGCGUGCUGCAGGACGUCCGGGACGGAGUGAACGACGCCUCCCGGCAGAUUAAACGCAAAGGAAAGUGACGGAGACGCUGCCGGAGGACACGCCGCUGCAUCCGGCUGGAGCUGCGCUGAGGCGGCGGUGCUCCUCACGGAGAGCAUCAGAGACUGAGCCGCACCCUCCCCGCAGAAAGAGCUUUAAUUAUUUCAGUAACUGACACUGAUGUUUAUUACUCUGUAUUUUAAAUUCUGAGGAGUAAAACCACAUUAGCCUGACUUCCGGUCUCUUUCUUCUUCUUCUACAUCCGAGGAAGCAGAUCUGACCACGUGAUCACUGACACUGCUGCUGGAAAUGCACAAUGUAUAAAAAUUAAAAUAAUGUUUUUCCUCACAGCACUUACCAACACACACACACACACACACACACACACACACACACACACUCACUCAGUGGUGUGAGAGCAGAAACCUGCAGGGACUUUGAAUAUGUUAAGAAACAUGAAACUGCUGGAAGUCCUAAGAUCUUGAAUAAAAGUUGAUACUUUCA